AUGCCCCGUAUCGACCGGCGCCUCCAGGCGCGUAGCCCACUCGGCCCCGCCCCUCCCGCCACUCGGGCGGGCGGCGCGGCCCCGCGGAGCGUGCCCUGCGUGCGGGUGCCCGCCGAGCCCGCCGGGCGGUGGAUCCCCGAGUGCCCGGGCCGGGGCUUGAGGAGCCGGCACCGGGCCGGGGCGGCGAGGGGCGAGCAGCACAGGAGGCAGCAGUGUCUGAGAGGACGAGGGCCGCCGGCGGUGAGUGAGGGCGCCCAGGCGAGCGGACGGGCGCCUCCGCGCGUGCGCAGCGUCGGACCGCCGGGCCAGGGGCGCGCUCCCGGCCGCGGGCUGGAGGGGCCAAGCGCGGCUGGGCUGGGACUGGGUCGCCGGCCGGCGUCGGGCCCCGGGAUGUAGGGGCUGCUGGAUCCCCCACCCCGGUUAGAAAGGCGCUGGCGGCGCGGGCGAGCUUCCUGAGGGACUCCAAAAGGGACGGUGCCGGUCCCGCGCGGUGGUCCGGGCCCGAGGGCAGGGCCGACUGCGCUGAGGACCCCGGGGAGGGGCGAGGCGAGUACCACGGGGCUCCUGCCCGCGGUGCUGGUGCCUGCCCCAGUGCAAGAACCCUGGCGGUGGCCGAGGUCCCAGGAGGGGGUGCGGCCCAGCAGCUUGGGCACCGAGCAGGUGGCGGGGCCGCGCCCCUCGCCCAGGGAGGCGCAGGCUGGAAAAGCCAGCAAACUUCCCUCAAGUAACUUUACUGAGGCGUCUCCUGCAGGGUCCGGGGACGGGGCCCGAGGUGGGGGCUCCGGGGCCCCGCACCCCGGCUUCGCCCAGCCCUGGUGGCCGCAGGACCCCGGCGAGUGACGGUGGGAUUCGGGUUCGGUUUCCUUCUGGUCCUGGAGCUCGCCCUCCCAAGUUCUUGGCCGGUUCGCUCUUGAAAUAGGUGUAUGAGUUUGGUGUUUUGGUACGAAGUAUGUUUUCUCUCUUGGGAAGAAAAAGGCUUUUAUUGCCCGGUCUUUUUUAUCUCAAAGAAAGUGUUGUUAGGGCAUGCUGGGGACUCCAAUUUAUCAAGAAAGCUAUUGUCCUGUGCAUGCUUGGAGAAAGCCGGCUAAUUUCUAUUAUUAGCCGUAAAAAGACAAAGGGGGAUAAUUGUGCUUUCUUUUUUCUUCUCUCUCUCUCUCUUUUUUUUUUUUUGGUUUACAUUUUCUCGUCCGUCUCACCCUAUCUUGGAGUACUGUAGUUCGCAAAAUUGGCCGCACAAAAAGAUCACUGGGGAGUUUUAAAACUCUCGAGCUCAAAAUUGCACCCCAGACCAAUUAAAACACGUUAUGUGUUUUAAAAGUUCCCUUGGCUAUUCCAGUGUGCAGCAGAGUUUGGGAACCACUGGUUUAAUCUAAGAAAAGUCAAGAUUUUAAUUUUGCAAAGUAGCAUUCAGUUUGUAACUGAGAUGAAACUCUAGCUUCAUUUUCCUGAGUCGGGAAGGACUCACAAAGGGUGGUUUGUUCCUCUCUCUGGGAGGGAGGGAAGCGUCUCUAAUGACUCAAACUUUAGCUGAACUAUAUGAUGCGACUCUAGCGUCCAGAACUUUGUUCUUACUGGUGUUCUGAAUUUCUCUACGGAGUGCUGAAUUUCUUGGUGGUAAGCCCACCUUCUCUGACCCCUGCCGCAGCCUAGGGCCUUGUCUUCGUUUUAACCUCUCAGCCUUCCUCUCCCUCCUCCCCAGAUCCCCUCUUUAACCAUCCCCCUACCCCUGAUUGUACGGACUCUUUGGGGGUUACAGCACGUUACCAUAGCAACUGGUCUUCCAGGGGAAGUGGGCGGGUCCUACCUUUGGUUUUUUGAAUAGGACUCUUCCUUUUCUAAAGAUUUUGAAUCACUCUUUUCACUUCUUGGCUCAGGUAAGGGUGAGCUCUUGCAAUUCCACUUUUUCUUUCGAAGUAAUUACAGAAUUAUUUAUAGAUGUUGUUAUAUAGAGUGAUAAUGCUAGAAGCUUUCUCCCCUGAAUAUUCAUUCUUUACCAAUCUUUGCACUAAGAACUUGUCUAACAAAGAGGUGGAAAUAACUUCAAAAAAGAUCCUUUGGGGCACACAGGUCUAAGAAUUGUAUGCAUCAUUUGUCUAUGUCCGAAGACAUAUUUGAGAAAUUUUAAAAGUUAAAAUAAUUCUGUAUCCACGCAGAAAAAUGUCAUUGUCCUCUCCUAAGUUGUUUCGUUCCUAGAAAGUGCUUUGCCAUGAUUCUUUACAAGUUAAACCACUUGUAAUGUUAUACUUUAAAAUAACAAAGGAAAGGCACAGUUUGUCUGCAGAUCCGCCCACUCCUUCAGUUCCCCAACACUCAACACAUCCAAAGAAAAAUGUUUUUUUUAAAAUUGUUCAUCCUUUUAUGCUCAAAACAGGUAUUCUGUAGUCGUUCAAUUCCAGUCAUCUUUGAAGGAACUCCUAAAUCUGUUCCCAACAAAUAGUUCAGGUAUAUUUACAUGUCUUCAGGCUUUUCUAUUUUUUGAAACUUUUAAA